UCCGCCUCAGAGAACUUUCAGGUAUAUAGCGAGCUCGCCGGUUGGUUUAGUAAGGCAGCUCGCCGUCGGUGGUUGAGGUCCGCUGCAAGUUCUUCUUUUCUUAGGAUGUCGAUCAUGAGGCUUCUAGCGGUUGUGAUGAUGAUGCUGCUUUUGGUAGCGGCAAGAUAUGGCGGUGUAGCCGCCCGGUUGAACCCCUGGGAAUCGAUUAUCCGGCUGCCGGAAGAGGAACAGGAGGAGGACGGCGAGAAACUGGGCACCAGAUGGGCUGUGCUAGUGGCUGGGUCUUACGGUUUUGGGAAUUACCGGCACCAGGCAGAUGUUUGCCAUGCGUACCAACUGUUACGAAGAGGAGGAUUGAAGGAUGAGAACAUAGUGGUGUUUAUGUAUGAUGACAUUGCCAUGCACCCCCUUAAUCCAAGGCGUGGUGUCAUCAUCAAUCAUCCACAAGGCAAUAAUGUCUAUGCCGGGGUGCCCAAGGAUUACACCGGGGAGCAUGCCACUGUAGAGAAUUUAUAUGCUGUGCUUCUUGGCAAUAGAAGUGCUGUGAGAGGAGGAAGUGGGAAGGUUGUGGACAGCAAACCAAAUGACAGGAUUUUCCUAUACUAUUCUGAUCAUGGAGGCGCUGGCGUGCUCGGGAUGCCAAAUCUGCCUAACGUUUAUGCUAAUGAUUUCAUUAAUGUUUUGAAAAAGAAGCAUAUGAGCGGCGGCUACAAGGAGAUGGUUUUGUACAUAGAAGCGUGCGAGAGUGGGAGUAUCUUUGAAGGGUUGAUGCCUGAGAAUCUAAACAUUUAUGUAACAACAGCAUCAAAUGCAGAGGAAAGCAGCUGGGGAACCUAUUGUCCUGGCAUGCGGCCACCGCCUCCGCCGGAGUACAUGACAUGCCUAGGCGAUUUGUAUAGUGUUGCGUGGAUGGAAGACAGUGAGAAUCACAAUCUAAAGAGGGAAACAGUAGAACAGCAGUACGAAAGAGUAAAAGAAAGGACUUCAGACUUCAACACUUACAAUGCAGGAUCUCAUGUAAUGGAAUAUGGGAACAAAAGCAUCAAGGCAGAGAAGCUUUAUCUGUAUCAAGGUUUUGAUCCUGACACCGUGAACUUCCCCCCAAACAAAUUCCACUACGAUACCGAAAUGGAAGUUGUAAACCAGAGAGAUGCGGAUCUUCUCUUCUUGUGGCAGAGCUACAAAAUGUCUGAGGAUGGAUCGGAGAGGAAGACCGAAACACUCGAACAAAUCAGACAAACAAUGACGCACAGAAUUCACUUGGAUACUAGUAUGAAACUGAUUGGAGCAAUGCUCAUGGGUUCGGAAAAAGGCUCUUCUGCCCUCACCUCUGUUAGAGCCCCUGGCUUGUCCCUUGUUGAUGACUGGGGAUGCUUGAAAGCAAUGGUUCGAUUGUUUGAAACCCACUGUGGAUCGCUAACUCAGUAUGGCAUGAAACACAUGCGGGCGUUUGCCAACAUCUGCAACAAUAGAAUCCCCGUGGCUGCAAUGAAGGAAGCAUGCAUGGCUGCCUGUAGUGGCCGUGAAUUGGCACAAUGGAGUCCUUCAAACCGUGGUUAUAGCGCUUGAUUAAUGCAUAGCUUGUUACAUGCAUAUAUAUAGCCUCCGUAGGGCUGUACACAGUACCUCAAGAAAUGGUCUAAAGAUCGAUGUAGUACACCCGAAUCAACACAUGUUCCAAUCUAGCUUUAAACGCUUCUUGUUAUUAUCAGAAUCUUCCUUGGGAUUAGAUGGUAGUUUAUAGUUGUGUUGAGCAUGGUUUGUGUGGUGGUUGGUGGGUAUUAGUACAAAAGAAAAAAGAAAAAAAAUAGAAAAGGUAGUUGAAUGAA